CUGAGAGGUGAUAAAGUGAUGUGAUGCUCCGAUGGAGAACUUAUUCUGUUCUCCUCCCAAACUACAGCCCAACUACAUCCAGAGAUGAGACCCGACCAGCCUGGCACGAUGGCUCGGUUCCUGGACAUGGCAGAGUUUGGAGAAGCUGCCCGCUACCUUCGACUCACUAACCUGGAGCAGCUGGCUGCCAAAGCUCAGGCUUUUGAUGGUACGAAGCGUGUUUGGAUGCCUGACGAUGUCGAGGCGUACAUCGAGGUGGAGGUUAGAGAGCUGAACGGAGACAAGACGACCGUGGAGACCAAGGAUGGACGGUUCCUGAUCGUAAAAGAAGAAGACCUCCAGCCGAUGAACCCUCCGAAGUUCGACAUGAUUGAGGACAUGGCCAUGCUGACCCACCUGAACGAAGCUUCGGUUCUCUUCAACCUGCGGAGGAGAUACAGCAUGUGGAUGAUCUAUACCUACUCUGGUCUGUUCUGCGUGACCGUGAACCCGUACAAAUGGCUGCCCGUUUACUCUGCUGAGGUGGUGACCACCUACAAAGGACGCCGCCGAUUGGACACGCCCCCUCACAUCUACGCCAUCGCUGAUAACGCCUACACUGACCUGCUGCAGAAUCGUGAGAACCAGUCGAUGCUCAUAACUGGCGAAUCUGGGGCUGGAAAAACCGUCAACACGAAGAGGGUGAUCCAGUACUUCGCCAUCAUCGCUGCUCUGGGGGAAAACGUGAAGAAGGGAGGAUCUUUAGAGGAUCAGAUCAUCGAAGCGAAUCCAGCCAUGGAGGCGUUCGGCAACGCCAAGACCAUCCGCAACGACAACUCCUCUCGCUUUGGGAAGUUCAUCAGGAUUCAUUUUGGGCCAACGGGGAGGCUGGCGUCCGCCGACAUCGACAUCUAUCUUCUAGAAAAGUCCAGGGUCGUCUUCCAGCAGCCAGGAGAUAGGAGCUACCACAUCUACUACCAGAUCCUGUCCAAUCACAAGCCAGAACUACAGGACAUGCUCCUGGUGACCACCAACCCCUACGACUAUCACUUCUGCUCUCAGGGUGACACCAAGGUGGAGGGGAUCAACGAUGGCGAGGAGCUGAAGCUCACAGAUCACGCCAUGGACACGCUGGGCUUCACUCCUGAGGAGAAGUAUGGCUGCUAUAAGAUCGUCGGAGCCAUCAUGCACUUUGGAAACAUGAAGUUUAAGAAGAAGCAGAGAGAGGAGCAGGCCGAGGCCGACGGCACUGAGAGUGCGGAUAAGGCGGCGUAUCUGAUGGGUAUAAACCCCGCUGAGCUGCUGAAAGGUCUGCUCAACCCCCGAGUCAAAGUUGGGAACGAGUAUAUCGUCAAAGGGCAGACUGUAGAACAGGUGAACUACGCUGUAGCAGCUCUGGCUAAAGCCACCUACGACCGGAUGUUUAAGUGGCUGGUGAGCCGGAUCAACUCGUCCUUGUACACCGCUCUGCCUCGUCAAUACUUCAUCGGAGUCCUCGACAUCGCCGGCUUUGAGAUCUUCGAGUUCAAUAACUUUGAGCAGCUGUGCAUCAACUUCACCAACGAGAAGCUGCAGCAAUACUUCAACCACCACAUGUUCAUCCUGGAGCAGGAGGAGUACAAGACCGAGGGCAUCGAGUGGACCUUCAUAGACUUUGGUCUGGACCUCCAGGCCUGCAUAGACCUCAUCGAGAGGCCCAUGGGUAUUCUGUCCAUCAUGGAGGAGGAGUGCAUGUUCCCCAAGGCCACAGACCACAGCUUUAAAACCAAACUCUACGAUAACCACCUGGGGAAGUCGCCAAACUUCCAGCGGCCGAGGCUGGACAAGAAACGCAAAUAUGAGACGCACUUUGAGGUGGUUCACUACGCCGGAGUGGUGCCGUACAACAUCACAGGCUGGCUGGAUAAGAACAGAGAUCCUCUGAAUGAGACGGUGGUCGCUCUGUUCCAGAAAUCCUCCAAUAAGCUGAUGGCUGGACUGUUUGAGAACUACAUCAGCUCUGACAUGGCUGGUGAUCCAAAAUCUGAGAACAGACAGAGGAAAAGGAAAGCAGCUUCUUUCCAGACAGUUUCACAGUUACAUAAGGAGAACCUAAACAAGCUAAUGGCUAACCUCCGCAGCACUCAGCCUCACUUCGUCCGCUGCAUCAUCCCCAACGAGAGCAAGAAUCCAGGUGUGAUAGAUCCCUUCCUCGUCCUCCACCAGUUGAGGUGUAACGGCGUCCUGGAGGGGAUCAGGAUUUGCAGGAAGGGCUUCCCAAACCGGAUCUUGUAUGCUGAGUUCAAACAACGUUAUCGCAUCCUGAACCCCAGUGCGAUCCCCGAGGACUCGUUUGUGGACAGCAGGAAGGCAGUGGAGAAGCUUCUGGGCUCUUUGGACAUAGACCACACCCAGUACAAGUUUGGACACUCCAAGGUGUUUUUUAAGGCUGGUCUGCUGGGCCUGCUGGAGGACAUGAGGGACGCUCGUCUCUCUCAGAUCCUCACCAUUGUCCAGGCCAUGGCCCGAGGGAAACUGAUGAGGAUGGAGAGAGAGAAGAUGAUGCUGCGGAGAGAUGCCAUCACGGUGAUCCAGUUCAACCUCCGAGCCUUCUUCUCCGUGAGGACUUGGCCCUGGAUGAUGCUGUUCUAUAAGCUCCGCCCCCUGCUCAGGAGCGCCCAGGUGGAGAAGGAGCUGGCUGCCCUCCAUGAAGAGUUCAAAAAGUUAAAGGAGGCUUUUGAAAGGUCGGAGGCUAAGCGUUUGGAGGUGGAGGAACGGCAGGUGGUUUUGGUUCAGGAGAAAAAUGAUCUGAGUCUGCAGCUCCAAGCUGAGCAGGACAAUCUGACAGAUGCAGAGGACCGCUGCAACCAGCUGAUUCAGUCCAAAAUCUCUCUGGAGUCAAAGCUGAAGGAGAUGCAGGAGCGUCUGGAGGACGAGGAGGAGGUCAGCGCCAACCUGGCGUCCAAGAAACGUCAGCUGGAAGACGAGGUUACUGCCCUGAAGAAAGACGUGGACGACCUGGAGAUGACUCUGGCGAAGGUGGAGAAGGAACGCCACGGAGUGGAGAACAAAGUGAAGAAUUUGUCCCAGGAGAUGUGCGUUCUGGAUGAAUCCAUCGCCUCUCUCACCAGAGAGAAAGGAGCCCUGCAGGAAGCUCAUCAGCAGGCUCUGAACGAUCUCCAGGUUCAGGUCGACAAAGUCAACAUGCUGGCCAAGGCCAAGACUCGGCUGGAGCAACAAGUGGACAACGUAGAGAGCUCACUGGAGCUGGAGAAGAAGGCACGAGUCGAAAUGGAACGAACCAAACGAAAGCUGGAGGGAGAUCUGAAACUGUCCAUGGACUCGGUGAAGGAUCUGGAGGGCCAGAAGGAAGGUCUGGAGGAGAGACUGAAAAAGAAAGACUUUGAGCUGGGUCAGUUCCAGUCCAAACUGGAGGAUGAGCAGAGCAUCAGCGCUCAGCUUCACAAGAAGUUGAAAGAGCUCCAGACUCGUAUCGAGGAGCUGGAGGAGGCGCUGGAGGCGGAGCGGGCGUGGCGAACCAAAGCUGAGCGCCAGAGGAAUGACAUCACCAGAGAGCUGGAGGACCUCGGCGAGAAACUGGAGGAGGCGGGAGGAGCCUCCGCCGCUCAGAUCGCCCUCAACAGGAAGAGGGAGGCUGACUUCUUGAAGCUGCGGCGGGAGCUGGAGGAGGCGGGGCUUCACCACGAGGUGACGACCGCCACCCUCAGGAAGAAGCACUCAGACACGGUGACGGAGCUGAGCGAGCAGAUCGACGCUCUGCAGAGAACCAAACAGAAGCUGGAGAAGGAGAAGGCCGAGUUCAGACUGGAGAACGAAGACCUGGCGACCAACAUGGAGCAGCUGUCCAGAUCGAAGGGAGCUGUGGAGAAGAUGUGCCGGGUUUUUGAGGACCAGCUGAAUGAGAGUCGGAGUAAAGCAGACGAUCUGCUGAGACAGCUGACUGAAGUUUCUGCUCAGAAAGCUCGAGCUGUCACAGAGACUACCGAGUAUAGCCGCCGUCUGGAGGAGCGGGACUCUAUGAUCGGUCAGCUCCAGCGCUCGAAGACGGGGAUUUCCCAAAACUUGGAGGAUCUGAAGAAACGUCUGGAAGAGGAAAGCAAAGCUCGUGUAUCUCUGGCUCACGCCAUUCAGUCGUCCCGUCAUGACUGCAGUCUGCUGAAAGAGCAGCUGGAGGAAGAGCAGGAGGCCAAGGCUGAACUGCAGAGGGCGCUGUCUAAGGCAAACAGCCAGGUGGUUCAGUGGAGAACCAAGUACGAGACGGACGCCGUGCUGAGGAUAGAGGAGCUGGAGGAAGCAAAGAAGAAGUUGGUUGUCAAACUUCAGAAUACAGAGGAAGCUGUGGAGGCAUCUCAGGCCAAGUGUUGUUCCCUGGAAAAAUCCAAACUGGGUCUGCAGACAGAAAUCGAAGACUUGGUGGUUGAACUGGAGCGAUCCAACGCUGCUGCUCUGGCUCUAGAUAAGAAGCAACGCAACUUUGACAAGUUGCUCGGUGACUGGAAGCUGAAGUUUGAGGAGAGUCAGACGGACCUGGAGGCGACUCAGAAAGAGUCUCGUAAUCUGAGCACAGAGCUCUUUAAACUGAAGAACGGUUAUGAAGAGGCUCUGGACCAUCUGGAGACUGUUAAACGGGAAAAUAAGAACCUGCAGGAUGAGAUUUUGGAUCUGACCGACCAGAUCAGUCUUGGUGGUAAAACCAUCUAUGAGCUGGAGAAAACAAAGAAAAUUCUGGAUGUGGAAAAGAGCGACAUCAGAGCAGCUCUGGAGGAAGCUGAGGGUACUCUGGAGCAUGAGGAGAGCAAGAUUCUGAGAUUUCAGAUGGAGCUGCAGCAGAUGAGGAUGGAGAUCGAGCGCAAGAUUGCAGAAAAGGAUGAAGAAAUUGACAACCUCAGGCGGAGCCAACAGAGAUCUCUGGAGACCAUGCAGGCCAGUUUGGAGGCGGAGGUUCGUAGUCGCAGUGAGGCGGUUCGCCUGAGGAAGAAGAUGGAGUCGGACCUGAAUGAGAUGGAGAUUCAGCUGGGACACGCCAACAAGCAGGCGGCCGAGAACCAGCGGGUCAUCAGACACCUGCAGACACAGGUUAAAGAGCAGCAGGUGGAGCUGGAAGAUAAAGUCCAUUUAACCAAUCAGCUGAGAGAACAGAUUGUCCUGUUGGAGCGCCGUUGUUCUCUCAUGACGGCCGAGGAGGAGGAGCUUCGUGGCGUUCUGGAACAAACCGACCGUAUCAGAAAGAUGGCCGAACACGAGCUGGUGGAGGUGUCGGAGAAAGCCAACCUGCUCGCCACUCAGAACGCAGGUUUGGCGAACCAGAAGAGGAAGCUGGAGUCCGAUCUGUCUCUGCUGAGCGGGGAGGUGGACGAGGCAGUGCAGGAGAGUCAAAGUGCCGGGGAGAAAGCCAAGAAGGCGAUCACCGAUGCGGCUCUGAUGGCUGAGGAGCUGAAGAAGGAGCAGGACAGCAGUAACAUGUUAGAGAGGAUGAAGAAGAACAUGGAGGCCACAGUUAAAGAGCUGCAGAUCAAACUGGACGAGACGGAGCAGAUGGCGCUGAAAGGAGGAAAGAAGCAACUUCACAAGCUGGAGACCAGAGUGAGGGAGCUGCAGACGGAGCUGAUAGUGGAGCAGAAGAAGAGCGAGGAGUAUCAGAAAGGAGUCCGCCGCUACGAGAGGAGAUGCAAAGAGCUCAUGUACCAGACUGAGGAGGACAGGAAGACUCUGCUGAGGAUGCAGGAGCUCAUCGAGAAACUUCAGACCAAAGUGAAGAGCUACAAGAGGCAGGCAGAGAGCGCUGAGGAGCAGGUGAGCUGCAGCACAGUGCGAUUCAGGAAAAUCCAGCACGAGCUAGACGACGCCGAGGAGAGAGCCGACAUCGCCGAGACCACCGUCAACAAGCUGAGGAUUCGAACCCGCGAACAAGUGACUAAGGUCGCCCUGAUCGCUGAGUGAAGCUUUGGCCGUGUUUCUGCCGUUUAUGUGAAGAGUUUGAGGUGUGCUGUGUUUCUGUCUGACAUGUUUGUGCUGUGACGUCCACGAUCAUGGAUCCUAUCUACGGCUAAACCAUGGGGCGUGCUUCUAGAAAUCUCCACGCAAAGGAUGCUGAGAUGGUUGGUGCAAGAAGUGUCAAGGGCAGUGAGUCAAGAGUGCUUAAGUGAUGAGGGAUGGAGUUUGUUGUAGAAAGUUUGAGGCUAUGAAGAUUUGACUCUGAGUACAUGUAGUUUGAUAGAAAAGGUGAGAUGGUGGAAGAAGAGAAGUAUAAAUCAGGUUUCCAAGCGCAGCCCUGGUACGUUAAAAAAUAAAAUAAAAAAUAGAAAAAGAUAUUUACGAAUGUGUUGAAUUUCUGUAAACAGAAGGUUAGCCAAACUUGAUUUUGCAACUUUCUCUUUGAGUGGAAAUCUGUACCGUUUUUAAAAUGAGAAUGUGCAUGAUACUUGAGCUGUGUAAGUUAAAACAGGGUGAGAAAUAUUUAUAUAGAAAUAAGACAGAA